CUUGAAACUUGUUGGCCCUAACUCAACUCAAUAUAUCUUCAACAGCUAAUGAGCUGUCUAACUUAUAAAAGGUGAAAGGCGCUACUAUUCCUCUUGCGCACAGGCAUCACCUUGACAUUCAAACCAUCUCUUCUCGACAAAAAAAGAGGAACAUGGAAGAGCAGCAGUCAACGACAGAACCCUUUUCGGAGGAAGUGAACGAAGAUGUUCUGUUAGAAAAUAUGGGGUACCAGCAAGAACUGAAACGAUCUUUUGGCCUUAUUGGCAUGAUUGGAUUUAGCUUCAGUAUCGUCACCUCAUGGACAGCUCUUAGUGGGGUCUUCAUCAUUGGGGUGCAGUCCGGCGGACCACCGGUUAUGGUUUACAGUUUUAUUGGGGUGUGCUUCCUGACCCUGAUAGUUGGUGUCGCUAUGGCCGAGAUGUGCUCGAUGUAUCCAGUAGCAGGUGGCCAAUAUUCAUGGGUUGCAGCUCUUGCGCCCCCCAAGAUUUCUCGCGGUCUGUCAUACGUCACGGGCUGGUUUAUGCUGAUUGGUAUUAUCGCCAUGGGAGCUACGAACAAUUCCAUCGCCGCCAAUUUUGUCCUUGGUAUGGCCAAUCUCGUCUUCCCAGAAUACGAGAUCCAACGCUGGCAAAACGUGUUGAUUGCAUAUCUGGUGGCAUUCAUAGCAGCAGCCGUCAACAUCUGGGGCCUGCGCUGGUUCAAUCGCUUAUCACGAGUGUUGCUGGUCUGGAAUAUCUGUUCUUUUUUCAUAGUCAUGAUCACCCUAUUAGCCACCAAUGAUCACAAACAGCCCACAUCUUUUGUUUUCACGGAGUUCCAAAAUUUCACCGGAUGGGGAUCUUCAAUGGCAGCUAUUUUAGGUUUCCUUCAAUCAUGCUUUGGUAUGUGUUGCUACGAUGCCCCAGCUCACAUGACCGAGGAAAUGGAGUCAGCAUCCAAAGAAGCCCCAAAAGCAAUCAUAUUUUCUGUCGUUCUGGGGUGUAUUACCGGAUUUGCGUUUCUUUUGACGCUAUGCUUUUGCAUUGGUGAUCUUGAUGGGACUGCUAAUACCAGUACCGGCGUGCCCGUGAUUCAGAUAUUUUACGACUCGACCGGGAGCACAGCUGGUAGUGUUAUCCUCGCUAGCCUAAUCACAGUGAUUGCCAUAAUGGCCAGCAACAGUCUCCUCACAGAAGGAUCUCGUUCUAUAUAUGCUUUCGCUCGCGAUCAUGGUCUGCCAUUCUCAAGGCCACUCUCAAAAAUUGAUCAAAAGAGCGGUGUACCUGUCGCUGCUGUCAUUCUUACGUUGAUUGUCCAGCUUGUUCUUGGAGCUAUUGAUUUUGGCACGACCACUGGAUUUGAAACUGUGAUUUCAAUCGCUACAGAAGGCUAUUAUCUUUCAUAUGCCAUGGCCCUUUUAAGCCGUUUAUUGGGAUGCUAUACUGGACACAUGGUUCAGCUGAAGGGCCCGUUCCACCUCUCACUAUCCAUGUCUCUCUUAGCAAAUUUCCUUGGGUUGUUGUUUCUGCUGUUUGCAUCCAUUACCUUCAACUUCCCUUCUACUUAUCCAGUUACGGUCGAUGGGAUGAACUACACAAGCGCCGCCAUUGGUGUCAUUGGGUUUAUUGCAGUCAUUACUUGGGUCACAACUGGGCGUCAACAUUUUACAGGCCCUGAUGCUAUGUAUGAGUUGAACGGGACUCCUAGGGUGACGGAUAACCCAGUUCAAGUUCCAACAGAGAGUUAUGAGAAGAAGCUUUAAGUCAUGGCAAGGUAUCUAUUCUUCCCGCGGUUUCCUUGUCACUUCUAUGUCUAUUCAUAUGUUCAAUGUUUAUCCUACUCAUAUACAUGUAUAAUUUAACCUCUUAAGCUUUAGAAACCUGAACCAGGAUUUUCGGAUUGCUUUAGACAAGUA